AUGACAGGUGUGUCAGAGAAAACUGUAACGAGAAUUACAAAAGAAGGCGCAACAGCGGCGAGAGCUAAUGAUGUAUAUAUAUCGAAGUGGUUUGCAUCUGAAUAUUUUACUUUUCUAAAUGAUAAGGACAAACCUCUGGCAACAACGGAGACUGCUAUAACUACCAGCAACAACUUAUAUAACUUAUAUAACUAUAUUACAAAAAAUUAUGAACAAUUAGCCAGUGAUUCUGCCUCAACCACACAAGAAGUACCCAGUGAUUUGACUUCAUCCACACAACAAGUGCCCAGUAAUGCAUCAUCAUCCACACAACAAGUGCCCAGUAAUGCAUCAUCAUCCACACAACAAGCGCCCAUUAAUGCUUCAUCGUCUAUACAACAAACACCCAGUAAUUCUGCCUCAUCCACACAACAACAGCACAACACAUCAUUCAGAAAUAAAAGGCGCCGUAAUAACGAUGACACUGCCACAUUAGCAGAAGCAGUGGGAUUACUCAAGCACAGUGUACAAUAUCUAUCCAAGGAAGAAGACUGUUACAUUUCUUAUGGGACCCACAUUGCGCAUGAAUUGAAAAAUACGACUCGCGAACAUUUGCACUAG